AUGCCACUCUAUGUUACACGACUUGCCCAGUUCCCAUACUUUUUCAAGCUGAUCACAUUGUUCUUCACCCUAACUACGUUAAUUUCCUUGGUAGGAGCGCCUUUGUUACCAGGAGGUUCGUCGUUAAUAUGGUUCACUAUUGUUAUUGCACUGAUCGUUGAUGUCUUGCUAAUCGGAAUGUUGCUGUUCGAACUCGACCGUGUUCAAAUACCAAUCCAAGGUGUUUCAUUCAAUUCAUUGCGCGCCUCUUGGCUGAGUAUCUUCUACUUCAUCUCCAUAUGGCUGUGCUUCAACGCAGAAGAAUUCACAGAAAGCGGUUGGUUCUACUUGGGAGCGUUAGCGUGCUUUGCGAACUUUGUGCUCUACGCUGCCGACUUCGUGAUUUACUUGAGAAUGUGGAUGGCCGAUCAACGAGCAGCAAGAGCCGACGGCGCUACGUACGAGUAUCCAUCUUACGGUGCACCCUAG